GGAUGUCCACGUGGGAUAAUGGGCAGUACAAUCGAAAGUGGAAAUGACCGCUUGAUUCUUUUUGAUCGAAUGGUGCGACCAGCGUAGCCGCUUCACUCACUGGACCAUAGCAUCCAUUACCACAGGGGAGCAUCUUGGUUUGGUUGAUGGUUUAUGUGUUGCUUCCAUUCUAACCAUCCGGAGUAGCUCGUAGCUGUACAACUUCCAUCCUGAUCUUGAAGAAGAAAGAGGGAGAAAGCUUUUGACCAUUGGCAUCAACACGAAAGUCUGUGACCAUUGGAGCCAUCGGCCAUAGAAACGAUACCACCACCUACCAGUACCAACAUAAUCUCAUCAAUCGAGUUGUCUAUCUAGUGAGAGUCUGUUGCCUUUUUACAAGAGCAGCAGAGGUUUGACUGGUUGAUCAAUUGGCUAUCUGCUAUCUAGCUAGUAGGGACCAGAUACCAGCGGGAUAAGUCAAGCUACCCCAUUCUGGACGACACCACUGCAACGGCACAACAGCAGUCCUGUGUUGCAAAGAAGAGGAGAGCAAGUGCGAGAUUAUUAUAGCUAGCUAGUGCCGAGUCGACAACAUGCAGGACGAAUCUCAGAGUACAUCGGUAGAUUAUCCGUCUGAACCUCUUACGAAUGGGGUAGUAUCAGGUCCGUCGACGACGAUACCUUGCGCAAAGACCACGGAGAAUGGCCACACCAAUGGAGGCAGCAGCCACCCUAUCAAUACAUGUAAUAGAAUCAACACCAGUACAAGCACAAGCAACAACAGUGAAGAAGAAGAGUCUGUGGCAAAGGAGAAGGAGGAUACUGGAGGUGGUACGGACAGUAUGGAAAGUUUGAUCGCUCGAUGGUGUCAGGUACAGGAAACCGAGAACCAAAAUAGCACGGAUAUGCUCGGCACAACACUCAUACUGUUAUCACUGCAAAAACUGGAACGAAGAGUGGAAAAGCAAGAAACUUCGCUACAAGAUUUAUCCACUACCAUGCAUCAAAACCAAUCUGCCCUUCAAACGGACCUUUCGCGGAUAUUAUCCUUUGUCAAGGCACAAGAAGAAUCCAACGACAAGCAUCAUUCCAACGAUAAUAACCACCACCACCAAAACCAUCAUCCAGCCAACCACCACCAACUCAGAAGAUCAUCCACCAAUUCCACUGCUCCGCUACAAACGUUCCAUGUCACUACAUCCAAUCACAGUCAUAUCCCAGGAAACGCCGUACACUCCACGGCGGCGGCCAGUGCCAUUAGUGCGCUAUCUGGAUCCGAACAAACCGUCAGCAGUCACCAAGAAUCCACCAACAACAACACUCAUAACACCAACAACAACAACCAGCAGCAAGCAGCGGCGUUACAAGAAAUCGUACUCUCACCCCAACACAAUAUUCAUCGGACGGAUACCAAUAGUAUCCACCCAUCCAGUGUUUUCACUUCCGUCAGAACACUCGAAAAACAACCCCCACGACCACCCAAACGACAUGACAGUUUCCAGAGUCUAGGCAGAAAAUCCAUUGGCAUGAUGAGCUCGGCAUCCAGUGUAGCUUCCUCGGCGGUACUCAAGCCUCCAGCAGUCUUUGUGCCACCGCAAACGGAAGACGACGACGACUCACCUCCUGUGGAUACUAUGAAACCACCCGAACCUACCAUCACUACUACUAGCAAUAGUAUCAAGCGAACCACCAGUGCAUCCACCAACACCACGAUCAACACUGGUGCUACCACGACCGUUGCCAACAACACAUCGGCUAUUGCGGGCAUUGCGGGCGCAGCGGCACUCACCAGGAGCCGAUCCAAAUCAUCCUUUCGCAGUUCCACACCUCAGUUGGACAUUAUCUGGGAUGCUUCCGAACAUACCACGGGACAAUCUCCCCAACAAGCUGCCAAGGCACGAACUACGGCGGACAAUACCAAUCUCAACAGCAAGGGAAUGAAUCUGCGGUUUAAUGCCAUCAAGGCCAAACGACCCAUGUUGGCGGCUUCGUUGGAUGAUGACGACGACGACUCGGAAGAUGCGCGAUCGGCCAAAGUAUUCGGGGCCGUCAAAUCGUACAUGGAUGUCGCCAGUGCGGCAGGAAAUGCCAGUGGGGGAAUCCCCACGCUGGCACCCAUCAACAAUCACGAUAGUUGUCUCACGGGAGUACAGAGCUUUAUGGAUGAGGUGGAAUACGAUGAUGACGACGAUGAUGAUGACGAGGACUUGGAGGAUCUGGAGGAGGAGCACGACAACAGCAACAGUCACAACAGCAACAGCAAUGACGACGACAAGCCACUGGAAGAACCGCAAAAUAAUGGUGGUUUCGUAUUGAGCGCGGCCGUGUCAAUUGCCGAAUCCACGGAAAGUGAAGACGAUUUUGACGAUGAUGAUUUUGAUGACGACGAAGAUUUUGACGACAACUUGGACAAAACAUCGUCCACUAAGAGCGACAGCAAGAAGGAGAGAAAGCAGAGAAAGAAAGAGAGGAAGGAAGCACGCAAGAGAGAAAGAAAGGAGAAGAAGGAAAAGAAAAAGAAGAGCAAAAGCAUCAUCAUCAACAACAAAGUUAGCCCCUCCGAGACGGAAGGGAAGGAACAUCGGAAAAAAUCGAGAUUCAGCUUGCCUAGCACGGCCAAGAUUAUUUGGAAACGGUCUACUGGUACCAAUAAGGAAUCCUCCAGGUCCAGGGAUAGUAGUCCCGUCAGGUCCAGGGAGCAAAGUCCAGUCAUGCCCCAACGGCAGAUUAGCACCAAGACCAGCAAUUCAGGAGAGCGGCCGCCACCCACAUUGGAUAGAGCAUUCAGUUUUGUGGACGACAAUCCACGGACUCAUCAAGUCGCGUCUGGCGCUGACCCUCCACUGCAACCCCCCUCGACUGCCGCACCCACCAAAAAGCUGCAUCGUAGAAACACAAGCGAAACAAACAAUAUAACCCAAACAACGCGUGGUUCCACACGAAGCUUCACGGAAGCGUCGGAGACAAUGACCGUCAAGACUCCCAUGACUGCCAAAACACCACAAGAUGCCAUUGCCAGAAACGAUAUUGCAGAGCCACCGCCGCCACCCCAAGCACAAAAGACACGGCAAAUUUUCAAUCACCAACAACACGCUAGCGCACAAAACAGGCAACACCCCUUCAAUCUGUACAGCAACCAGCACCCUCACCAACCGCAACAAGCCUAUGACAACCGUGAAAAUGAUUUUCAUCAACCGCCGCGUCGCCGGGCGCCCUUUCCGCGAGCACGGGGAAUGAUGCCCACUCUAGUGAAUAGCAAACGCGAGAUCGUGAUUGCCGGUGGAGAAUCGUCUCGUUUGCAAAUCUCGUCCUUGACAUUGGACACGGCUCUGCCGUCGGCUGAUGCUGGUUCGGUCCUGCAAGAAGUGAUGAACAAGUCCAUAACAGACAAAUGCAAAGAACGUGGUACAUACACUGGAACGCUCAAUGAAUCAGAGGAACCUGACGGCUUUGGAACGAUGAUUUACAACAGUGGAGCUUUCUACAAAGGACACUGGAAGGAAGGACACUGGCACGGCCACGGCAUUCUGAGAACACCGAAUGGCGAUGGCUACGAAGGUGACUUUGUCUAUGACUGUCGUCACGGAAGGGGCAUCUACAAAUACGAGAAUGGCGACGUGUAUGAGGGGGACUUUAGCUCAGACAAACGCCAUGGUAAAGGUACCUUUUUGUUUCAAAGUGGAAGUAUGUAUCGCGGGGAUUUUGCUUUUGGAAACUUCCACGGCUAUGGCUGGUAUGAAUUCGACGAAGGCUACUACGAAGGCUCGUGGGCGGAAGGUGUGUACGAAGGAAUCGGAAGUUUGAUUUAUAAAGAUGGCAGCCACUACACUGGUCGAUUCAAAGGUGGUGUUGCCGAUGGUCUGGGCGAGGAAGUCAAACCCGACGGAAGCACUAAAAGAGGCAUAUGGAGAAGUGGUGAAUUCAUUGGCCAAGCGGAUGGGGAGGAAACAGCUUCAAACAAUCAUGAUAUCGUCCUGUCACUGUAGAGCAGGCUGAGCCACGGCGCACUAUCGUUUGUCUGCGGUGUGAUUCUGUGGUGCUUGCAGCUUGCGUCAGUUUUCCUGGAAACUUGGCUCCUCUAGCUAGCUAGAACAAUAGUGUAACCAUACACCCAUAGCUACAGUACAAAUAGGGAGGCGAAUCUCCAAGUGACGGCAUUUGGCAGUGUAAGCUAAGACGUCGACGAAAGACCGCUUCUAAGGGUAGUUUUCUGAAUUACGAUACGGUAUACGGUACGCCUGAGCAAACUAUAGGGGAUGCAAAGUUGCAUGUAGGGGCGUCAAGUCACGGUUGCUCAGCUCACUGCUUUGAAACCUUUUUAUUGGGAAAGGCAUCCUUUAGGUUGCCCCUUGGCACGGCCGCGGCACUGUUUGACAGAGUGGAGUGACCAGUCGAGUGAUGGUGCAGAUACCUUUGCGCGAAUAAAAGAUUGCUUGUGUACCGGUCCAUGUGACCCUUCCAGUCCCAGUUCGAUGCAACAGUUGCGUAA